ACAUCCGGGCUUACGAGGUUAAAGAACUGUGGAACUUAUUUACAUGAUAUUAAUACAUACAAACUUAACCAUCAACAGACUGAUGAAGAAGCAAUAGAUGCGAUGCACAAAUUGAACGGCAAACCGAUCCCAGGCACGUUUCCUGUAGUCCGAUUCAGGUUGAACACAGCAUCCAGGGAGGCUCGUGCGAACAUGCAACAGGAACGAGAGUUCUCCGUGUGGGUUGGAGACUUGAGCCCUGAUGUUGACGAUUAUUCCUUGUACAGAGUAUUUGCAGCAAAGUAUAAUUCCAUUAAAACGGCUAAAGUAAUACUGGACAGCUCAGGAUACACAAAGGGCUAUGGUUUCGUCCGAUUUGGCAACGAAGAUGAACAGCGGAAUGCUUUAUACGCCAUGAACGGAUAUACUGGAUUAGGCAGUAAGCCCCUUAAGAUCUGUACCGCAGUGCCUAAGCCCAAAGGCGCUGUGACCACGCCAUCGGCCACACCCACUACUGCCAGUGCAACAUACAGCAGCGGGACGGAGUACAACCAAUAUUAUGAUCCGUCUGCCUAUUGGCAAAAUUACUCAGCGUGGUCUGGCUACUAUGGGCAGGGCGACCAAGCGGCGGUGGCGCAGGCGCCGGUGGCCGACGCCGCCCAGGCCGCCGCCGUCAAGGCGCAAAAUGACGAACUGGCUCUCGUUGAGCACAAGAGGACCAUAGACGUGGACGCUAUGAAUUGCGAGUUCCUAAACCCCGAACUGUCUUUGUGGGACAGUCUGGAGUCCUCCCAGUGGCUACCCCACGAGGUUGUCGAAGUUCACUGACAAGAAGAAGACCAAUACGAGGUGCUGGAUGAGUGAUGUGAUAUUAUGCCAGGACCGUAGUGAUGUAAUGAUAAGUUAAUUUUAAUCUUUAUAAUAUAGAAUAAAUACAUGAA